GUGGAGAAGCGGCGCCAGGUGGAGAAGCGGCGCCAGGUGGAGAAGCGGCGCCAGGUGGAGAAGCGGCGCCAGGUGGAGAAGCGGCGCCAGGUGCCGUUCCACAUGCACAUCAACCUGGAGCUGCUGGAGUGCGUGUACCUGGUGGCGGCCAUGCUGCUGGAGAUCCCCUACAUGGCGGCCCACGAAUUCGACGCCCGGCGCCGUAUGAUCAGCAAACAGUUCCACCAUCAGCUGCGCGUCGGCGAGCGGCAGCCCCUGCUGGGCCCCCCGGAGUCGAUGCGUGAGCACGUGGUGGCGGCGUCGAAGGCGAUGAAGACGGGCGACUGGCGGAGCUGCCACCGCUUCAUCGUCAACGAGAAAAUGAACGGCAAAGUGUGGGACCUCUUCCCCGAGGCCGACAAAGUGCGCGCCAUGCUGGUCCGGAAGAUCCAGGAGGAGUCCCUGCGGACGUAUCUCUUCACCUACAGCAGCGUCUACGACUCCAUCAGCAUGGAGAUCCUGGCGGCCAUGUUCCAGCUGGACCUGCCCACGGUGCACAGCAUCAUUAGCAAGAUGAUCAUUAACGAGGAGCUCAUGGCGUCUCUGGACCAGCCGACGCAGACGGUGAUGAUGCACCGCACGGAGCCGACGGCGCAGCAGAAUUUGGCCCUGCAGCUGGCAGAGAAACUCGGAGCCCUCGUGGAGAACAACGAGCGCGUGCUGGACCACAAGCAGGGCUCCUUCGGGGGGUACUUCCGCGAUCAGAAGGACGGCUACCGGAAGGGGGACGGCGGUUACCUUCGCCGUGGGGCCUACAGACAGCAGGAGCGCUCCUCCAACUACUGAGCCCCACACAUCGCGCCUCUGCCCCACGGAUGGGGCCUCUGCCCCAUAGAUGAGGCUUCUGCCCCAUAGAUGAGGCCUCUGCCCCAUAGAUGAGUCUUGUACCCCAUAGAUGAGGCCUCUGUCCCAUGGCUCUGCCCCACACAUCACGCCUCUGCCCCACGGAUGGGGCCUCUGCCCCAUAGAUGAGGCCUGUACCCCAUAGAUGAGGCCUCUGCCCCAUAGAUGAGUCUUGUACCCCAUAGAUGAGGCCUCUGUCCCAUAGAUGAUGCUUCUGCCCCACAGAUGGGGCCUCUGCCCCAUAGAUGAGGCCUCUACCCCAUGGCUCUGCCCCAUAGAUGAUGCUUCUGCCCCAUUGAUGAGGCCUAUGCCCCAUAGAUGAGGCCUAUGCCCCAUAGAUGGGGCCUCUGCCCCAUAGAUGAGGCCUCUACCCCAUGGCUCUGCCCCAUAGAUGAGGCCUCUGCCCCACAGAUGGCGGCUCUGCCCCAUAGAUGAGGCCUCUUCCCCAUGGCUCUGCCCCACAGUGGUGACUCUGCCCCACAUCUAUGGGUCCCACCCCACAUCUAUGGGUCUGCCCCACAUCUAUGGGUCCCACCCCACAUCUGUGUGCCUGCCCCACAUCUAUGGGUCUGCCCCACAUCUAUGGGUCCCACCCCACAUCUAUGGGCCUGCCCCACAUCUAUGGGUCCCACCCCACAUCUAUGGGUCUGCCCCUCAUCUAUGGGUCCCACCCCACAUCUGUGGGUCUGCUCCACAUCUAUGGGUCCGCUCCUCAUCUAUGGGUCCCAUCCCUCAUCUGUGGGUCUGCCCCACAUCUACGGGUCCCAGCCCACAUCUAUGGGUCUGCCCCACAUCUAUGGGUCCCAGCCCACAUCUAUGGGUCUGCCCCACAUCUAUGGGUCCCACCCCAUGGCGCUGCCGUACAAUAAAGUAGUGUUGGUAGUGA